GAAAAUGCAAAAUAAUAAAAACAUAUGAAACCAAGGAAAUUGUUUUCCUUAUAACAUUAAAAUGCUGGAGAUAAGCAACAUAAUUUUCACCAUUGGAUUGGGAUUCAUUAUUUGCUGGUUGCCAAAGGACACAGAAGCUCGUAGGAACUACACAGUUAAGCCUCGUGUAACUCUUCCUGAACACUAUGUCAAGGAAGUACGUCCGCCUUCGAGAAGAGGAACUCCAGUGAUAGUAGAAUUUAGCGUAUUUGUUGUAGAUAUUAAUUCAAUUAAUGUAGAAGAUAUGGAUUUUAGAGUAGAUAUGUUUGUUCAUCAAAAAUGGACGGAAACACGACUGAAAUUGAAGGAUGAUAUAUUCGAAGAUGGUGAUGAUUCUGUAGCGCUUCCUCCUGAAUUAUUUAAUAGUUUAUGGCAACCAGAUCCAUAUUUUUUAAAUUCAAAAGUUGCAGAAAUUGCAUCCUUAAAUCAUAAAUUCACUUCUAUUUCUUUAUAUAAAAAUAAAACGAUUCGAUAUGCAGCGCGAAUGCAUGCCAUUAUCGCCUGUCAAAUGGAAUUUCAACAUUAUCCAAUGGAUAUUCAAGUCUGUCCAAUCUAUAUAGAAAGCUUUUCACACAACAAUCAAAAAGUAAAACUGAAAUGGUCAAAAUCAGGCGUGACUUUAAAUCCUGAGCUCAAGCUCCUUCAGUACAAUUUAGGACAACCACUGGAAAUAGAGGAAAGUGACGGAUACAUGCCGGAAAAGGCUGGAAAUUUCUCCCGACUGACGGUGUAUUUCAGAUUUCAGCGACAAAUAGGUCAUCACCUAAUUCAGACAUUUGCACCUUCAGCGCUGGUUGUGGUUCUGUCGUGGUUCAGCUUUUGGCUAGGACUUGAUGCUAUACCUGGACGGGUUACUUUACUAGUUACAUGUAUGCUGACUUUAGUUACAAUGUUCACGGGUCUUCGAGCAGAUAUACCACCAGUGGCUUAUGUUAAGGCACUGGACUUAUGGAUGGCCGGUUGCAUGGUUUUUGUUUUCGCCGCUUUGGGAGAGUUUGUUGUGGUUAAAGUCCUCGACGUCCAAUAUCAGUACCAAGUGAACAGAAUACCAAAAGUAUUACCCAUGAGAAUAAGUGCUAUGGAAAAAGGACAAUGCCCGACCGUAGCGAAUUGGGAAGGAGGGGCGGUUCGUUCGCGCAAAGCGACCCCCACGGCUACAACACCUGGACAGACAUCGUUACAAGGAAAUGGAGGCCCGCCGAAACCUGCGAGGCGACAAAGUUUAUUAUCCGUGGCGUGGACAGAUACCGACACUGGUGUGGAGAAGAUCAUGUGGAGGGAAAUCGAUAAGUUAUCACGCGUGGUGUUUCCUCUUUUAUUUUUACUCUUCGUAAUACUCUACUGGCCCAUUCUCCUAAUGAAAUCAUCAUGAAGGUCACUACCAUACAUGUCUAGGAGGAAAACUUGUGUGAGAUGUAAUCAAGCUACUUUGAUGGAAUUACACCUAAUUUAUUACAGACAGUAUUUUGCUAUGCUACUAAUGGCGCGUAUCUUUCGAAAAGGGUUUAGAUAGAUUAGAUAGUAUCUAUGCAUGUAAUCUGGCUGUAAAAAUCUGAUUCAACUACAAACUUAGGCGGGAAUGAUUAUCCACAAACGAAUUAAACCUUAUUGAAAAAAUCUUCAUGGAAUUAGUUCGUUUCUUGAAUAAUUGAAAACUAUAAAUAAUAAUUAAAUAUUUAGACCUAGCGCAACAAGUUUAAUCCACACCUCGCUAAAUUACCGCAGGAAGCACCUCAAACUCUGCCUUACUGCAAGGACAAUCUCGUCAAUAAGCAGAUCACCGCGUAGAGAAGAACAGAUCAAAUGCGAUUUUAGAUAGAUUGUUAUAACAGAAUGAGUGUAAAUCAAAAUCAUUUAUAACGCAAGAGAAAAUGAUAUUUUGUAAAAAAGAUACUUUGUGCAUAAUUGAUGAAAUAGUAAAUUUCUACGUAGUUAGGGCUAUCAUCGACUCGAUGCAUGUCUAGUAAAGCUCAAAAUAUCAUACUAAAAAUUUUAACAACCUAACAUUCCAGUUUGUCCGGAAUCUGGUAUUUACAACUAUUUCCAUGAUUUCCUGAAAAGUAAUCGAAUACGAAUCUGUUUAUUUUUUAAAUUGUAUUAAGAGCGAAUGACCCAUAUUCAAAAUUAUUCCAUUAUGGAAGAUGGAACCCAAUAAGCUUAGCUUUUCAAUUUAAUAAAAAGAUACAAUUCUGAAUUGUAAAUUGGUGCUUGCUGUGUUACGAAAUAUACUAUUAGUCUAAAGAAUAAAAUAUUUAUCACUUGUUAGCUGAUCAAGAGCACCUCAACCGAACAAUACACUAAAUAAUGACAAUAUUUAGGUGAUUAAACUAUAUUUUACUAUAAUUAUUUUAUAUUUCAUUAUAUUUGGCGCUUAAUAUUGAUUCUGUAAAUAUCAAAUAGAUACAAAUGUAAUUUAAUAUAUUGAAAGAAAACUA